CUCCCCGCGUGGUACGUUACUGCCGGUGCUGUCUGAAGGACUGCGGAACAUUUCCGAACUUCAUAUCUCGAGCUCACUUUUAAUAAGUCAACAAUCGUUCCAUGAAAUCUAGCUACUUCACUUUUAAGUCAUUUGUCAUUUUUGUUUUAAAUGUUCCUACUUUGUACACAAAAUUCACUUGGUGUCGGUAGAAAUUAGUCCCCUACGGUGUAAAUAAACUUAACUCCUAAGAGUGUGAAUAUUGAAGUGUUUCAGUUUCUGCUGAAAGCUUAAGACACUAUUUGAGUUGAUCAUUCAGGAGAACAGGAUGCUGAGUAUCGUGGUUUUGAUGGUAUGGACCCACCUCUGCUUCAGUGAAAUAUCUCAUCCCUGCUCCUUCAACACGAUGUGUUCCUGUCGCUCAACCAACUCAUCGUACAUUAAAGAUGUUAGUUGUGUUGGCGUUCCCUUCUAUAAACUACCAGAGCUGCCGCACAGCCACAUCUCACACCUGGACGUGGUAGGGGCUGGCCUGGACACUGUGGACAGCGACAGUCUGGGCAGCCAAGUGGAGACUCUGCGACUCAUCACAAACAAUAUCAUCAACAUUGGAGAUAAAACAUUCCUGAGCAUGGCUGGCUCACUCCGCUCGCUAGAUCUUAGCCAAAACCAGCUUGAUGAACUGCCACUACAAGCUCUUUGAUCCCUCAAAGCGCUUAAUUGGCUCAACUUACACAGUAACCGAAUAUCCUCGUUGGACACUGCAGACUGGAGCUACCUCAGGGACACCCUAGACACGCUUUUCCUGGGGGAGAACGACCUGCAGGAAUUGCCGCUAGGGGCGCUUGUGUCACUCCGGCGUCUGGCCUGGCUGAACUUGGACCACAACAAACUGAGGACUGUUAGAGCGGAGAAUCUUCCAGAGUCGCUACAAACUCUGAGCGUCCAGCACAACUACUUGUCGGAGCUCCCGGAUAUCGAACCCCUUUACAGACUUGUCAGGCUGUGUCUCCGAGGCAACAACCUGCGAAGUGUGACUCUGAGGCCGGUUCACAGGAGGAGGCAGUUCGAAAAAGUUGAUCUUGGAGAUAAUUUGAUCAGUGAACUGCAUCAGAUUUUUAAUAGUUCUGUUGUAAUCAGGGAUUUAAAUUUGGACUCUAAUCACAUAACCACUUUGAACGACAACGUGUUUUAUGGCACUAAGGCAGGUAGAAUAAUAUUAGCUAUGAAUAAAAUAGAUAACAUAUCUCAGGGAGCGUUUUCGGGCUUAGAAGAUACCUUAGAAUAUAUUGAUUUGGAGAGAAACUUACUGGCCAAGUUCCCUAAUGCAAUAAGUCACUUAAGGAAACUUAAAUAUUUGUACCUGCCUAUGAACAAAAUUACAAAACUAGACAAUCAUGAGUUCACCAACUUCUCAAAGUCUCUAAAGGCUGUAUCCUUAGCCGGAAAUCAGUUUGAUCACGUUCCUCAACAGGCUUUGGAAAAGUGUGUCAAAUUAACGCACGUUAACUUGGGCUACAAUUUAAUACGUGAGUUGAAACAAGACGACUUCAUAGGUUGGGGAGAGUAUGUAGAUACUCUAUUGCUGCAAAACAAUCGAAUCAUGCGACUUGGAAGUAACGUCUUUAAUAACACACCGAAUCUGAGAGAGUUGAGUCUCUCUUUCAACAGACUUCUUGAAAUAGAGAGUGAUACAUUCAGCGACGUUGCAAAAAGUUUAGAGAGUUUGGAAAUUAGUUUCGGUCUAUACAGAGACGACUUUCCAGAGGAUUUUCUUCGGCCAUUGACGUCUCUCGUUUGGCUAGCGUUAGAUAACAACAAUUUGAAGUUAAUAUCAAAUAGUGCCUUGAGUACAUUUGAUAAAUUACAGUAUUUAAAUCUAGAAUCAAAUCGACUAACAGAACUACCUCGAGGACUUUUCAACGCCAGCUUCCACAAAAAUCUAAGAGUCAUUCGAUUAUCCUACAAUCACAUUAACGCUUUGGACCCUAAUACUUUCUCGUCCAUGCACAAUCUUCAGACUGUUGUACUGACUGGAAACAACAUUAGAACGAUUUAUCCCAAGGCAUUUAAUAAGUUACCAAAUUUAAUGAAAGUUAUACUUUCACAAAACAGAGUUAGUACAAUUCAUCCCAGUGCUUUCUCAUUUAUGUCCCAGUUAAAAAAGUUGGAUUUACAAUUGAAUGAAUUGAGGGAAUUGUCAUUAAAUGUAUUUUCAACGCUCAAUGCGAGUUCAUCUAUCAGUUUAAACGUAUCGAGGAAUGAAAUUGCCGCACUUUCAGUUGGCGAAGAGGCAAUACCAAUAAAGAUAAACUCACUUGACAUAAGUCACAACAGGUUAAGCGACGUGCCAUCACAGUUUCUAUACUUCGUGGAAAAUCUGACACGACUGAAUUUGGGUUAUAAUAUGAUUUAUCAAAUUAAUCCAUUUAGUUUCACAAAUACGAGUAAACUCGAGACUUUAAAUCUACAACAUAAUGGGAUAGUAUUCGUGAGAAGAAAGGCAUUUAUUGGACUGAGCAGUUUACAAAUCUUGGAUCUGUCUCAUAACCACAUAAAGUCUCUGCAAGUUUCACAGUUCUCCAGCUGUCCUCUACUUAGGGUGGUGGAUCUGUCGUCGAACCACAUCCGGACUCUCCCUAGAGACGUAUUUCAGAACACAAGAAUUGAAGGUUUAGACCUUUCUAACAACGAAUUCAUAAUAUUCCCCAGCCAGUCUUUUGGUGACAUCGGUUUCACACUGAGACAUCUGGACUUGUCCUACAAUCAGAUCGACCGCUUGGACAGUACUAUGUUCCAUGAGACGCAGUUCCUCACCAGUCUCAACCUGUGUCGCAACAAACUCACCAUCCUCCCUGACAACGUGUUCACGGGUCUCGGUAACCUUUUGAAUUUACAGCUCUGCAGAAACCCACUCACGGCCAAUUUUAAAGAACUUCUCCACUACAUCCCGAAACUUCGUCGUCUUGACCUUUCUUUCACUGCUCUUAGAACAGCACCACAUUUCCCUCUGCAGAAACUCACAUAUCUCAACCUAUCGGGAAAUCACCUUCAAGAGUUACCCACCACUGCCGUAGAAAGUCUCUUGAGUCUGAAGACUCUCAUUUUGAGUUCAAACAGAUUAAGUAGUCUCCCUACCCCUUGUUGGCCAAGGGUUCCUCUGUUGAAGCACCUGGAUGUAUCAUCAAACCCAUUGCAGGUUUUGACGGCAGAGAGUUUCCAAGGACUGCAGCGCCUGGAGUCUCUCUCUAUGACGGAGUUACCUCGGCUGGAGCGUUGGGACGCGGGAAGUCUGGCAGGUCUUCGAGUGCUGACCACGCUGAGUCUGCAGAAUUUGGCGAAGUUGACAGUCACCAUGGGAGAGAGCGUGCUGGCGGACCAGCUGGCCGGUGUGUCACUGCCCCGACUACGGCACCUUGUCAUCACCGGUCGCGCUCUCAUGUCCCUGCAGCCUGGUGCCCUGACCGCUCUCCAGCAAUGUCGCGAGCUGGUAGUCGAGAUCUCCGGCACCCAGGUACAGGACAUCCCCGCCGGCUUCUUCGCCGGCCUCUCGAAAACGGCUCACUUGUCCAUUAACCUGCGGGAUAACAGUCUCCUCUCCCUCAACCCCUCGGCCUUCUACAGCAACACGUCCUCCUGGGAGCAUAUCGGCACCAAGCUCAUCGCAGGUGGACUUCUGCUACAUGACAACCCAUGGCUGUGUGACUGCGGGCUGGUGUGGCUGGGACACUGGCUGCGGCGGUGGCUGCGGGAGUCUCUACAGAUCCACACAGCCCCACUAGACGCCGCCCAGCACUUGGUGCUAGCUACUCGUGCCGCCACCUGUACAGACCCUCGCACCGGCCGCCAGACUCCCCUCCUGGACAUCUACCCUGAAGAGCUCAGCUGUCACGCUAGUGCUCUCAGCCACUCUGCGGACUGGCGACCGUCUUCUAUCGUUAGAACCCUUAUUGUCGUUUACGUGCUCGCCAGAUGACCAUAGAGUCUCAUAUUGUACAAAUACUUCUUCAAUUACCCGCCGUCCAGCCGCACUUUCCUUAUAUUUGGUGUGCAAUCCAGUCUUACGAAUGGCAACGAAUACAUUUGUGUAAAUGUACUGAAAUUAUUAUUUUCGUGACUAAUAGAGUGACCAAAGGAGAUAAUGAGUGAAUAAAAUUUAUAAUUAUAGUUAACAAAUAUCUAUUUGUUAUUCAAUCUUUAAUAAAGGUAAGAACAGUUUUUAAUUCCUUGACGUUUAAAAUAAGUUACGUUUCGUUGGGCAGCUUGGUAAGCCUUUUUGUUUCAAUACGACCACCGUUCAAACUUGUAACCCAUUCAAAACUUUAUUUAUUAACCUAGAGGAAAAACCAAAAGAGUUCUAGAGUGCUAAUAAUUUUUUUAAAGUUUUUGUUAUGAAAACGUUUUUUCUAUCUAGAAUGAUUUUGGAGAUAUCGUGAUUAUGCACUCAUGAAAAUAAUACUUUUUAUUUUUAAUUACAUCGUGUUUUAAUUGGCCAACAGAAAUUGUGCAGAUAUGUAAGAAGUAAUCGGUAAUUUUUGUUUUUUAUAUAACCCCACGUGUUGAGAUAUUACCGCACUGAAACCUGUAAUUCAUAAACACCUAAAAUCUUAACAGAUUGAUUUUUAAUUUUUAUAUUGUUUUAUUUAGAAAUGGGUAAAAUGCACUACAGGGUUAAGAAGGAAAUAUGAUGAUGAGUGAACCAAUACUAUAUAUUUUACAAGUUUUUAUGUAAUAUUUAUUCCCAAUUAAUUAAAAGACAUUGUAUUUUAACAAAAAACAUUUUAAGCAAAAUGAACUAACCUAAUUAAUUACGCAUUUAAAAUCAUGUUUAGUGUUUUAUGUGUUUCUAAGAUUACGAUUUAUAAUUGUAUAUAUGUAAAAUAUUAGAUUCUUACGAUCUAUCUUUAAGACCAAAUCUUACAUGUAUUGUAUUCAGUAGUGAAC